AACCCUAUUUCCAGACCUGAGCGAGAAAAUGGGAUCCGGAAGAAUACUUGCACUGACCUUACUGCUCGUCGACUGUAUCGCUACAAACGUGUUGGACAAGCUCUCAGUAGUAAAAAACAGGACGCUUAUACAGCCAGGAAGAAACAUGUCUGAAUUAAUCAAUUUGAUAUUGAGGAACUAUGAUCGCAAUAUGCGGCCUUUUUAUGGAGUGACAGGUGUUGAUGUUAAAGUGGACAUUCUCAUCUUAUCGUUUGGGGAAAUUCGGGAGGCAAAUAUGGAGUUUAGCAUGGAUCUAUACCUAGGCUUGUUCUGGCAGGAUCCGAGACUUGAUUUAGGUCUCAACCGAUCUCUAACUCUUGGUGGUGACUUUGCUGAUAAAUUCUGGAUUCCAGACACUUUCUUCGUAAAUUCAGUUCAAACCAGUGUCCACGAGACUAUCCUUCCAAACAAGAAAGUUUGGGUAAACCUGAAUGGAGGUCAUAUGAUGCUGAGUGCUCGGAUGAAAUCUACAGCUUCCUGUAAAAUGAACUUACGGAACUAUCCAAUGGAUGAUCAAAUUUGUCAUUUAGCUUUGGAAAGUUUUUCUUAUGAUAGAGACGAUCUUAAAUUCACCUGGAAAAAAGAAGUCGGGACUGAAGUCUAUAUAUACGACAAGGAAAUGGCGCAGUUUACUGUCAUUAACGCAACGAGGAAACUCAAGCAUCCAUUAUAUCACUCAGAAUCAUUCUCUGGUCUCACAGUGACCAUACACUUUCAACGUCGCACCAUGUACUACAUCUUUCAGAUGUACAUACCAUGUGUAUGCAUUGUAGCUCUGUCGUGGGUCAGUUUCUGGAUUGACCCGGGCGCAAUACCAGCACGUGUUGGCCUUAGUAUCACCACAGUAUUGACGAUAUGUUAUAUGCUAGGCUCUGUGAACUCGAAUCUGCCGCGAGUGUCCUACCUCAAAGCUAUUGACUACUUUCUACUGAUGUCGUUUGGAUUCAUUUUUCUUACUCUGGUGGAAUAUGUGUUUGUUCUGAGGUAUUCAAGAAGAAUGAAGUACGUUGGUAGUUUCUCUCCUGGUGAAAGGUCCCAUGACGAUUUCUCAACAGAGGAUUGGGCUGAUAACUGUAGCAAAAUGGAGAUAAGAAUUUGCAUGGGAGGCAAAUCCUACGUCUUUACGGACUCUAUAGAUAACGUUAUAGGCUCAUCCAAAGGGAGGAAAAACGGAACAAUUUUAAAAUAUAAUAGCACCAAGAGACCUAUCAAAACCUGCAAUCACAAGAAGCCAAUUUUCAGGAGAAAAAAAGAAAACGAAGGAACACUAAUGGAAAAAAUUAAGAAAACGUUUGGUUGUACUCUGGAUGGGAAUCAAAUAGACAGAUAUUCAAGAUUUAUAUUUCCCUUUUGCUACUCGCUGUUUUUAACGAUAUAUUUUGUUGGAUUUGUUUUUGGCAGUCAAGCUGUUCAAAAUCUCCCUGAAGGAGAGAUGUAUUGACAAUCACGAAUUGCUUGCGUGAUAUUUAGCGAGAUUCACAAUGUCAAGUUCGUAUCGUUAUAAACUAAAGAAACCCGGAAUUCAGGAGAUCCGAGUUCAGGCCCCGUCUUUGGAGAUCUCUUUUCUGAGACUUGUUUGCUUUCAAAGAAAACCUUUCCAGGCGGGACAUCACUCUGGGGCAGGAAGAAAAGGAAGGAUGAGACUGGUGAUAACUCAGAAUGAAUCCAAAUAAGCAGAAUAUAAGCUGGUAGUAAAACAUUUAAUGCUGUUUUAUUUACUAUUGAAAUCCUGACUUAUAGCAUUUUUCAAUAGACACAAUGACCUUUUUAAUCGCGAGCAUGUAGUUGUUAUGACAUGGAAUGCUUUUGUCGCGCUUCGUCCUGUGCUGAAGGAUCUGUCCGUUUAGAGAAACAUCAUCACGGAGUUUCGGCACUUAAUUUUGCACAGGCAUCCAUAUAACACUUAUUUUAAGUGACAUAAUCAGAUUGGAUGUUUCCUGCACGAGAAAAAUAUGACUUCAGAGGGUUCGUUACAAUGUAAAUUAUAAAUCAGCCUUUAAACCUGCAUAAAAUUAAUCAUGUAAAAUACAAUUGCCUUAUGUAUGUAAAAGCGGACGGUGGAUAUAUUACAUAGCUACAGCCGUUGUAAAACACACGGCUGGUAGAGCUGUGUUCCGCCAUAUAUUCUCCACCUGCAGGGUAAAUGAACAGUUGGAUUUUUUAUUGUCAAUAAAGCUAUACAUUGGUUUAACUCA